AGUAAAAUAAAGGUAAAAUAAAAUAAAAAAGGUUGAGAACCACACAACCUCCAAUACACGACUUUGUCAGUCUCUCGGUCCUAGCUUUGAUGCACCUUGUACUGUCUCUGUCUUCUAGAUUGGGGUUCCCAAACUUUUUCACUCGGGGGGGGCCCAUCCAGCAUUGGGGAACACCGCAAAUAUAGCUUUUGAUGCUAGCAGGGUUAUCGUUAGGUUGUAGCAUUUAGUUUACUUUAGAUUUUAGAACCAUAAAUGUUGGUGAUAACUAGCUAGCUAAUCUACUGUGUUUAUAUACACACACUAGAUAAGAGCAUUUGCUAAAUGACAGAAAUGUGUUGUAACGAAGCUUGCAAGUAAUUUCCAUAUUUCCUCCUUUCCCACACCUGUGCAGCUAGACUGAUUUGUAAUGGAGCUGCCCAAUUACACCAGGCUGCUAAUGCAGCAGCUCCGCGCCCUGAGGAAGGAGGGUAAGUUCUGCGACUGCUCUAUCAUCGUGGGGGACACCCCCCAUCGCACCCACAAACUGGUGCUGGCCGCAUCCAGUCUGCUAUUCAGGUCUCUGCUGGAGGGCACAGGCAGCAUCUGCAUCGACACGGACUUAGUGUCUUCCCAGGAGUUUUCCUGCGUGCUGGACAUGGUGUACACCGGAAAAAUGUCCCCAGGGAAACACAACUUCACCCGCAUCAUCGCCGCCGCAGACAGCCUGCAGAUAUUCGACGUGGGCAACAAGAACAUCGACACCAACCUGAUGAGGCAGUUGACUACACAACCAGUCUCACCGCCACCCACUGCCACCCAAUCACAGCUCAAACAGUUUCAGAGCCAGGGGGCCAAGCACACAGCUUCCCCAGUGACAGUUGCCCCUAGCAUUGGAGAGUGUGGUGUGAAGAUUCCCUUCACCUGGACUCCAGAGGGGACAAAGGUGGGUGAGGGAGGUUUGGAAGGUGGAGUGACCACAGAAGCCAGAGUGAUCACAGCAGCCAAACCUAGCGAGUCAAUGAAUGUGAACGAGGACAGGAAAGAGAAGGACGGCCCAUCAUCUAAAACAGCUCACCUACAACUUCCAGAGAGCACAGCUGGCGUGGACCACCUGUCUCAGGGAGGUGCCAAUAUGGUUGGAGAUGGAGGAUGUGCAACAGUGGCUGAGAGCACUGCAGACCUGGGACGAUAUCGCCUCUGAGGAGAAACAGGUGAAACUUUGGCAUGACUGGAAGACAGUGGUCUCUUAUCUGACAGAGCACACAAUUCAACACAACACUCUAGUCGUUAAAGUGUGUGUGUGUGUGUGUCGACCACUGUGUGUGUGAACCACUCUUCCACCACAGCGUUUACAGCAUUAUUAUCUCAGGGGAUACUGUCGUGCUGUGAGGGAGAUCCCAGGGCUCCUGCUGUGUUCCAUAGGCUCCAGAACAGAGGUGAGGGAGAAAAGGAGUAUCACAGCCCAGACACUACUCACCCUGCUGGGCCUGCUCAAGGAGUUUAACCCCCAUUUGGCAACACUGCUGCUUUGAAAGGAGAGAACAGCAGACAGGGAGCUAAAGGCUCCGAGGCUGAAGAACCGGAGGAGCAGCCCUAUACACCCACUACUGUAGACGCAGACAUAGCCGAGGAAGAUAAGAAUGAAGGAGAAGAAAGGGAGAGGAAGACUAGAUCCAAGGAUAAGCAAUCCUUUAACAAUAAGUGUGGUAUGAUGGCCCACACCAAGCACUGUAACAUGUCCCAGGAGACCAUGCUGCAGUGCCCUGAGUGCCCAGAGGAGCUGCCCACAUUGCGGGCACUACAGCUCUACCGCAACAAGGCACACCCAGAGUCCAACGCCACCAAGAAGAAAUGACCACAGGUGUCCUGUGAUAUGUGUGGCAGGACCUUCGCUCACCCCUCGGGACCACUGGAAACACAUCCAGGAGUGCCACCCCAAGGAGUUCCACCAGUGUCCUGAGUGCAACAAGAUGUUCACCAACCCCGUCCUGCUGGAGAAACACAUAGCUGUGCACGCUGGGGGAACACCAUACAGCUGCAAGCUUUGCCAGAAGUCCUACCAGAAGUCCACACAUUGGCCUAUAGCACACACACCUUUAUUCUCAUGCUUUACUAUUAAAGGAUGAGUUGGUAAAGCCUUGUGCUUGCAACGCCAGGGUAGUGUGUUCGAAUCCCAGGAACACCCAUAUGUAAAAUGUAUGCACGCGUGACAAAGUUUCUUUGGAUAAAAGUGUCUGCUAAGUAGAAUAUAUUAUAUUACUUAUCAUAUCUUUCCGCACACAACAAAUGUCAGGCCUGUGGUAUCAUAACCGUACCAGCCACCCAGAGGUGUUUGCAGGACAGACCCACCGACAGCUCUAGUCUCUGAUGCAGUGCAGCGUAUGUUGUAAGUUCUUCCCUAGUGCCAGGAGCCUGGCCAAGCACCAGAGGAACCCAGGUGAGGACACCCACAGCUGGGGAGAGACCCAGGAAAGGCUUUCAGACCUAACCUACCCUACCCUAUCCUGUCCAUGCUAUUACAUUACAACCCCCCCUUUUAUUUGCUUGGGUACCCAACUGACAUAAUAUCUUCUUGUUGUUGGUUUAGUGUUGUCCAUCCCUGUUAAGGAAUAUGCCAUUUGGGGUGUAUUAUGUAUUCCUUCCAAUCCCUUGUGUCUCCUAAGGGCAUGUUUGAUUCUGACGUGCUGCUGGUGGGGAAUCCAGACCUGCCAUCAGACUCAUCAGUGGUGAAGUGCCUGUAUUGUCCCAGCCUGUUCCACCAGCGAGGCUGAGAUGCAGGAGCACGCCAGCACCGAGCAUUUCAGCCAGGAGGGGGCAGUGUUCAGCUGCUCUCUCUGCCUGCUGGUCUGCCCCUGCCAGCUGUAGCUCCAGGAGCACUUGCUCUCCUGCCACAUAGAGGUGCUAGAGGAGCAGGAGCAGGCCUCCAGCUCCCAGAUGGUGAUUGAGACAGAGGACACUGCUGGUGGGGCAGAACAAGUGAUCUCUAUGGACCAAUCCCAUCAGGUGUUUGUUGCCCUGGGAGACGGAGAGGAUGGUCUCUCAAGCACGGAGGUGGUGAUGGUUAACCUGGAGGACCUACUGAACGGAACUGUCACCUUUAUAUGUGGAGGUGUCCUCUGACCCCUAGUCUCUACUUCCUGGAGAAGGAGGAACUGUCCUAGCAAUAGUGGCAGCUUGGAAUGAAUGAAACAAACUUGACACUGGCAAUGCCACUGGUUUUGUAUCCUGUAAUAGCUGUAAAUAUUGAGAUGGUGUGUACGCUUAUACACUAAGUGACAAAGCGUAACCUUUGAACCCUCAGGAUUGGUGUCUUUGUAUUAAUAAUCACUCUGUUAUUUAUUUCCUUUUGAACUGGCGUGUGAAGCCUUGCUGUAUGAGUGUUGUACACGGUUGGUUGAUCAAUCUGUGAAAUCCAGCACCGUAUCAGGUUUUUUAAAACACUACUUUCCAGAACCUUUAAAUAAUAUUUACAAACAAUAGAAUUAUUCCUCAAACAAAUAAUGGGAUUCAAGGUUUUUAUUGAGACACAACACAUCAGCAGGUUCACAGCAACCUUAGUUGUCUAUUGCAGCAAGCUUACAUUAAUGGUUCACUAGACGGAAUCAUAGCGCAGCGUUAGUCAGUCUGGUGUAUAUACACGCUUGACUGAGGAGGUAUGUGCCUCCUUAAAACGAACCCAAAUUACUGACCAUUAAUAUAUACUCACCUUGUUCAAUGAACACACUUGGGGUCGAUGUUGCCGUCACAUUUACAUUACAUUUAAGUCAUUUAGCAGACGCUCUUAUCCAGAGCGACUUACAAAUUGGUGCAUUCACCUUAUGACAUCCGUCAAACACAGAUCUAUAUAUGAUUAGAUUUCCCCUACCUGAUAUUAAUGCUAACAGGGGGCUGAGAAAAUAUCUACUGCUGGAUCAGUGGUUAGUGGUCACUUGUUAUGUGCAAAUUUACAUAAUUAUGUUCCGGCCCCCUGACAAUUUGCUCUGACAAAAAAACAUUCCGUGGCUCAAUCUAGUUGCCGACCCCUGAAAAAAUGGUUGGUAAAAUACACAUCCACAUAGCUGCUCUGCUCACAACCACACAUUCAGGUUGAUACACAGUAAAGUAGGUACUGUAUUCCCUUAAACCAUCCAGAUACAGUAGUGUCUCAGAGCAUCUAGAGAAACAGACGAAGCAAAGGAGACGACUUCAGUUACAUCUGCUCUGUCCCAGUAGUGGUCCGCUUUCAUAAGCCUCUCAGGGCUGGUCCCAUACAAGGUCAUCAGGAUACAAUGGCCACACCCAGGUGUUUAUAGGUGUGUCAGCACAACAAACUUUGUCUCCAGUUAGUUGAUUGUAUAUGUACUUGUGUAAGACUGAGUGCCAGGUUAUAAUCUUUCAAGAUACCUAGUAUGUAUAUCUGUGUCCAGUGGUGGUGGUGCCUGGAGUGGUAGUGGGUUGGCAAGAGCAUGGCACUUCCACAGCCAGGGUUGUGGGUUUGAUUCCUGGGGAAAACCAUACAUAAAAUGUAUACACACACGACUGUAAGUUGCUUUGGAUAAAAGUGUCUGCUAAAUGGCAUAUACUAUAUUAUAUACAAAUAUGAGAAACAGUGACAUACUCUGAAUGACUUAAAAUGAUAAAUCUCAUAUUAGUCUUUCACACUCUGUGCCAGUAGGCUCAUAGUAGGCCUACUACUGAAACAAACAUGAGUCUGUCAUUCACAGGUUUCAGAUAUAUUUUUAAAGCUAAACAUUCUGAUCUGAUCCAUCAGCCAUUGAUAGUCUUAUACCUUCACUACACUACUUUCAUAUGCAAUGUGGGGAUUAAGGAGUAUACGCAAUGCCCACUGAAAAAUACCUGGGCAUAUACCGGCUUAUACCCUCCACUACACCAUUGUCUGGGUCUAUCUUUUAAGAUACCAAAUAUGUACAAGUAACUGCCAAAAUAAAAGUGGAAACACUUGAGUAAUGAGGGACACAAAGUAUAUUGAAAGCGGGUGCUUCCAAACAGGUGUGGUUUCUGAGUUAAUUAAGUAAUUAAAAUCGCAUCAUGCUUAAGGUCAUGUAUAAAAAUGCAGUGUGGGCCAUUAUUUUGGCAACCAUGGCUAUGCGGGGGGCAUAGAAUGACAAUUCCCCCAUCCACAA